AUGUUAAUCGUUAAUAGGAACAGUAACAUUAGCUUAAGGCCUGAUAAUUGUACUUUUCCUUUGUUGUUCAAGACUUGCGCUAGAUUGGUGUUGCUUUAUAUGGGCCAUGAGAUUCUUGGACAUGUUCAGAAAAUGGGUUAUGAUUGUGAUAUAUUUGUGCACAAUGCUUUGAUACAUUUAUUGGUGUCAUGUGGGGAGUUGGAUGCUGCAGGUAAAGUGUUUGGCGAAAAUUCUAUGAGGGACUUGGUUUCAUGGAAUUCCUUGAUCAAUGGGUAUGUUAAGAGUGGGAAAGUGAAGGAUGCAUUGAGGAUGUAUAAGAAAAUGGAGAGGGAGAGGGAUGUGAAUCCUGACGAGGUUACUAUGAUUGGGAUGGUUUCAGCGAGUGCUCAGUUGGAGGAUUUGAGGCUUGGGAAAGAAUUUCAUCAAUAUAUUCGAGAGAAAGGAUUGAAUAUGAGCAUCCCGCUUGCUAAUGCUCUUAUGGAUAUGAGACUUUUUUAUGAGAUGCCGGAGAAGGAUGUUGUCCCUUGGAAUGCAUCGAUAGGUGCUUAUGUCCAAGCCAAGAGUAGGAAAGAAGCGUUGUCUUUGUUUCAUGAAAUGCAAGCCAUGAAUGUUAAUCCCGAUGAGGUCCACCAAAAGAACAUGCCAAUAGAGGCAGAUGCCACUGCUUGGGAGCACUGUCUUUGCUGGUUGAGCCGGGAAACUCUUGAGCAAAAUGUGGCAAAAGGCUGGCAAGGUGAGGAAGAUGAUGAGGAAAGACCAGUAAUGUAUACAGGUCUCCUGGUCUACCGAUUGAAUUUGAGGGGAACCGAAAUGUAA